AUGAAGUUGGGUGAGCCCAUGACCAUGUAUGUGGGUCGGGGAAAGGAUUUGUAUAGGGACUUGGUCGCCACCGGUUUUGAUAUGAAGCCGGAUGAGUUGGCAUGGAGCGUGCUUGCGGGAUUGCCCAAGACGUUCAGUUUCCUUAGGACAAUUUCGGAGGCUUCAGAGAGCGCCAUUAGCUCGGUCGAUGCGAUUUCGCCGAAGCUCUUGGUGCAUAAGCAGGAGUUUGAGGUGUCGCCCAAAGAAAAGAGGGGCGGUGGGUCGGACUCCGUUGUGGCCUAUGUGGCCGAGAAAGGGAGCAAGGAGAAGGGCCACGGCAAGGAUGAGAGCCGGGGCAAAGGGCCCAAAUGCUAUAAUUGCGGGGAGUCCGGUCACAUUGCCUCGAAGUGCAGUAAGCCGGAUAGGCGGGAGCAUAAGCCGGAGCAGAAGAAGGGGGGAUACCUCCGGAUAGU